AUGAGUUUGGGAGAUUGGGUGCCCAUCCCCACGCCGUAUGAUGUGCUCAAGUUCCUGGCGAUGCUCACGGGCACGCUGAUCGUGUGCAACUACCUGGCUCUGCUUGCCUGGCGUGCUGCGCUGCGCGACACCAACGUGCAGAAGCGCAUCCGCAUCGUGCAGAAGCUGGGCAUCCGCGAGCCUCGCCAGUAUAUGUUUGUGGGCUUCCUGCACCCCAACUCUAAUGCGGGAGGCGGUGGUGAGCGUGUUUUGUACGACGCGAUUCGUACGCACCAGCAAAAUCCCGACGUGAUCUGUGUGGUGUACACCGGCGACAUUGAUCCCCUCGAGGACGGCCUGACGAAGGAGCUUGUCAUUGCCAAGGCCAAGGAGCGCUUCGGCAUUGUGCUGCGCCCUGAAGCACUUGCUUUCCUUCCGAUCAAGAACCGCUACCUGCUCGACGGCAAGUACUGGUCCCACUUUACUCUGCUGGGCCAGGCGUUUGGCGCGAACCGCGUUGCCUACGAGGCGCUGAGCCAACUUGUUCCUGACGUGUUUAUCGAUACCAUGGGCUACGCAUUCACGCUUCCUGCUAUCAAGAACUACUCCACAAAGAUCCGCGUUGGUACCUACAUUCACUACCCCAUUGUCAGCACGGACAUGCUGCAUCGUGUCCGCAGCCGCCAGGCGGGCAUUACCAAUUCGGCAUGGAUCGCUGCAAGCCUUCCGUUUAGCAUUCUCAAGCUCGUGUACUACCGCAUCUUUGCAGUGUUCUACGGCAGUGCGCUGCGCUCUGCCGACGCAAUCGCUGUGAACGGAACCUGGACGCACAACCACAUCGAGUCGUUGAUCCAGACGCGCAUGCCCCGCCCUUGGAAGGUGGAGCUGCCCCCGGUGAACAUUGUCUACCCCCCCUGCGACACGAACCGCUUUGCAAAGCUCACGCUGGGCAAGCGCCCGGCGCGCUCGAUCGUCAGCCUCGCCCAGUUCCGCCCGGAGAAGGACCACACAAUGCAGCUGCGUAUCGUACACAAGCUCCUUUCGCAGUACCCCGAGCUGAAGUCGUCCAAGGGCGGCAAUCGCCCGCUGAAGCUCGUGCUGAUCGGCGGCGUGCGCAACGCCGACGACGAAAAGCGCGUGCUGGAGCUCAAGAAGCUUGCCAAGGAGCUUACGAUCGAGAGCAACGUCGAGUUCUGUGUCGACGCCCCGCUCGAGACGAUCCUCGACAAGUUCAGCAAGGCGAGCAUCGGUAUCAGCACCAUGGUCGACGAACACUUUGGCAUUAAUGUCGUGGAGUACAUGGCUGCUGGUCUCUUGACGCUGUCGCACGCGUCUGCUGGCCCCCUUUUGGACAUUGCCGUGAACGUCGACGGAGAGCCGACCGGAUUCCACGCCAAGACCUUGCUCGAGUACGUCGACCAGCUGCACAAGCUGGUGACUAUGCCAGAGGCCGAGGCGGUACAGAUCCGCUCGCGUGCGCGUACGCAUGUCCAAAACACAUUUAGCGACCAAAGCUUCCAGGAAGCGUGGCGCGUCAAGCUCUGGGACCUGCUUGUUCCCCCGUCGCUCCUCAAGAUCAACCAGGAGCUGUUGGAGGAGAAGAAAGCCCAGGUCGUUGCUGCCACGCAGCAAGCGGAGCAGAAGGCCGCGGUGCGGGCAAAGACGGCGGACGAAAACGCCUCGGCGUCGGAUGCCAAGGCCGUCGAGUCAUUGGUGACGGACAGUGCUACGGAGUAG